UCAAGAAAAUGUCCCGCCUUUGUCCAGCACGACCAAAACCUCCCUCCAACUCCUUCAUACUAGACAAGCGCAGCCAAGAAGCCAUUCUGGCCCUUGGUUCAUAUGAGCUUCUGUCAAAUCUACAGUACAAGGCCAAAAUAAUGCCAUACCUGUUAGAUGUGCUUAGAGGACUUCCUCAUACUAAAUGGAUAGAACCCAGAAUGAAUGUUCUGUGUACCAAGUCAUCAAUGGCAGGGGAGUUUGCUUUGUGUUWUAUAAGCCUGAUGAGUAGCUUGGCUGAGAAAGACAACCAGUUGGCCUCUAAGAUAAAUACAUAUGUGAUUGAUGUAUUUGGAGCAUUGGUUACAAGGUGUUGUUCACACAAAGACUUGAAAACCCUGGAAUCAAAAGCCAAUCUCUGCCAGUACACCAUUCCAUUACUGCUUGGAGUAGCCCAAGCAUUAGGAGUUUCAAAAGUUUAUGUAGGAUCAGAGCCAUUAAUUUUUGAGCUAAUCUCCACAAGUGGAUUUAGCACAACUAAAGGGUGUCUGAACAGCUUCUCAAGACAGAAUAGUCAUCUUUACCUGCAGACAUCCUCUGAACCAAACAAAGGGCAAGGCCUAUGCUUCUCAAAUGUAGAACUCUCAAGUCUUGUGAGCCAGGCAGAGAAGAUGCUGGAUUCUCAAAUACUUGCUGCAAUAGAUGGUAUUUUGUCAGAAUGCCUUGAGACUGGUGCCCUUCAGGAAAGUUUUGCCUACAAGUCUUUUAAAGAAGUAAUCACAAUGUCCAUGAUGGGACUACUGAGAGAUGUCUACCGGACAACUCCAGGCAUGCCACCAAAGCUUUCCAGCAAAGCACAAGAAAUAGGAAGAAAGAUCUUUCUAGCAGAGAAGUCAGAAGUUCUCAAAAGAAGUGACCACAGCAUUACCAAUCUCAAAUGGAAGCUACAGACUGUUUCUGCAAGUGUUGACCUGACUGUUUGGACAGCACAGGAAGACCAAGAUGCAGAUACUUUCUGUCAGAAUAUUUCAGAAUUUCUGUGCUCCAACUUAGCUGCAUCGCUGGUGCAAACUGACAUAUGUUUGUUUACAUGUUGCUUAGAAGGGCUGGCUACCCUUGCUGAAAAGUUCCCCCACAUGGCAAACACUGUUCUGGCUUGUUUUCGUGAUUUCCUUCUGACACCAGCCCCUGUGCUGGCCAGGAAGGACCAGUCAACAAAGAAAGUUACAACAACAAUCGUCAUGUCAGUGACAGAUGCUGAAGACAACACCCCUGCAAUGACUGUGGGUGUGAGUGAUGAUAAGAGUAUGGACAAAGACUCGCUUGCUCAUUUGCUUAAGAAAACUGCACUUGAAAGCAUCUGCAGGGCUCUAAAGGCAGGUCAAGCAGUGGAUGAAAACUGUGUUCAAGCUUUCUUAACUUCAUUAUCAAAUAAGUUAUACACUUUAGAGAAUGUAGACUAUGAUACAGCUAACCUCAUUUCAACCAAUGCGAUCAUUACUCUCGGUCAUGUGGCUUUUAAGUUGCACACUGUUCCUGAGUCCACGGAGUCAGUUUUGACAAUUCUUCAGCACAGGUUUUGCCAUCCCCCUUCAUCGUUAGAUCCCCUGAUUGUUGAACAACUGGGUAAUCUAGUUCUGACGGGAUCGGAUCAAAUGUACCAGCAGAUUAUGGGUAUGUUUAUGAAGAUCACUAUUGAUGCUGGUUCAAUGGCAUAUUCUAGAGAACCAACAGCUGUAAGAGAAACAACACAGGGAUAUCGACACUGUGCUCUUGCUGUACUCAAUGCCUAUACUAACCUGGCAUCGAACCUCAAGGGUGAGGUCAUGUUACAGGACUUCUUAGUAAGAGUACUCGAGUUGUUUGUACAGCUUGGUUUGGAAAGCAAGAGAGCAAGCGAAAAGAGCCCAUUUGCUAUCAAGGCCUCGUCAAGUGCUGGUAACCUAGGCGUCUUGAUUCCUGUCAUCGCAACUGUAGUUGCUCGACUUCAACCAAUCACAGACCCUAAACCACGUCUGCAGAAAUUGUUCUGGGACUUCUGGUUGUAUUGUGUGGUGAUGGGGUUUGGUGUUGAGGGUUCAACCUUGUGGCCUAAUGAAUGGUAUGUAGGGGUGUGUACCAUUGCUGCCAAGUCACCUCUUCUUCUUGGAGCUGAGCACUUGAGGUCACGAUUAAUGUACAACUCUGCUUUGAGGAACGAUGCUGUUGCACCGGCUGAAUUGAACGAAGUCCGCACUAAAGUCCUGGAGACCAUCGGGAAUUCACCAGAAAUCGCCGCGUUGGUCAGCAAGCUUAACUUUGGCCAGUGUACCUACUUACUGUCUGUAUACAGAUUAGAGACGCUUCGAGUAUCCUCGGAUUCUGGUUCUUUCCAUUCCAUUUUUGAGUAUCUUGAAGACCGAGCUGUUCAGAAAGACAAAGCAGGAAUGUGGCAAUGUGUUGCCGCCAUUGGAGAUAAAGCCUUUUCGUUCUUCCUCAAUGCCAUGGCCAGUAAACCAAGGACAGCGGAACGUGAAAAAGAACUGGAAGAGCAUGCGCAGUUCUUGCUAGUCAAAUUUAACCAUCUGUUUAAAAGAAUUCGCCGAGUUGCUGAUAAAUACUUGUCGUCUCUUGUUGAUAAAUUCCCGCAUCUGUUAUGGAAUAGCACCGUACUACAUUUCAGUCUGGAUUUGCUGCAUACAUUGUCACAAACAUUACAUCAACCUAACGAAAAUCACCAAGUCAUGGAAGUAGUCGUACCAGGGACAUGCUAUAAGCUGAUGGUACAUGAAGAGAUUGAUGGACGUGAAGGGACAGUGAUGGACUUUGCUGCGCGCUGCAGUGGUAUUUUACAAGAGGCUAUCAAGUGGGCACCUGAGGCCACACGCUCGCUAUUGCAGGAUUACAUAAUGGCGAGAGAGCACGAUUCUAUGUCCUUAUCACAUCACACGGGACUUGCCUUAGCUAUGGAGAAUAUCAUCCAGAACGCAGGACUAAACCAGUUUUCUGCGUCACUGAGCGCAACAACUCUAGUGAAAAGACCAGGCUGUUUUAAGAAUAAUUGUGCUGAAGUGUCCUCGGGAUUGACUCUCAGAAGUAAAUAUGUUGGUGAGGUUAUCGGUAUGAAGGAAGCUCUAGCAUGCCAGACAGGGAAAGGGGAAGUAACCCAAAAUUUAUGCCAAAUUCUCAACAAACAGUUGACAGAUAGUGUUGUUGCUGGUGGUGGAGAACCGUUUACAGCUGCCAUUUUUAAAGCAACAGCAGUGAUUGUUACUACUAAAGAAGUAAAUAGGCAGUUGAUACACAAUGUGUGUUGGUGUCCUGCGCAGAUCUUCACUGAAGAAGCCAUGUCUACUGCAGUGUCGUGCUGGGAAUGGAUUCUUGGAGCAAGAAAGGACCUCGAACUUCAAAUUCUGAGCAAGAUAAGUUGGGCGUGGCAGUGGACUGUAUGUCGUCGGGUGGGUCUUUUCUCACGCGAUCAAACAUUAGAAAGCCCCCUGGCGUCAUUUGAGGAGAACAAAAUCAUACCUUCACCUCCUGCAGUUGGUGCACAUGAUGUCUGGAUCAAGUUCCUUGCUCAGAGAUUUGAGAUUGCCAAGUACUAUAGUUCAGAUCAAGUGGAAAUAAUAGCGACACUCUUACAACGAUCGCUAACUCUUACUUUGAGUCGUUCUGGACUACUUUCCCGGCACAUCGCAGCUUUAAGACCUAGGUUCAGACUGUUACAACUUGGUCUAUCAAUCCUACAAGGGGAAUUCUUGACGAACUCUGUUGCUAAAAAUGUGUUGAGGGAAAGAAUCUACACUAACGCAUUGGACUAUUUCAGCGUUGAGCCCAUGUGGCCCGUCAUGGAAGGUACCGAACUACGCGAAGAUAUCAAAAUCCUCAUCAAGUUCUGGCAAUCAAUAUUAUCUGACAAGAAAUACAUGAAAAACUUUAUGAACGCACUCGACCCAUUCCAGCUCGGCCAACAAAGUUCAGCUGGGCCUGGGUUUCAGUACUCUAGUUCACAGACUGGUUUGGGCCCGUACUUACAGGGCAAUCUCUGGAUGAACACGAUGCCACUAGCAAGUAACCUUUCGUCAAGACGUUCGACCAGCGUCUCUGAUACCAAGGACUUCGCCAACAACCAAAAUGCUUUCAAGGACUACCUAAAGCGGCGCAACUUGAUUUUAGCGCUGAUUCGUAAAGAAGUAGAUCGACUUUCCACUUGGCACAAUUCUACUGCAAGAACUGAUCUGGCUUUUGAGGGCGAGGAUUCACUUCUCAACUGGGCCAACCAAACCAUCUUCACGGAACGAAUAUGGAGAGAUCUAGUACGGCUGGCAUGGCAGAUGUCACCUGACAUUGCAGUCUAUCUACCAGCCAGGUUCAAAGAAAUACCAUCCUUACAUAAGGAAGUAUCUCGUCUGGUGAGACUAUACCCAACUGCCGUGUCUGAUUUACCUGAGGCGUUACAGUUUCUCGUUACCACGACAACCGUCAAGACAGACAUCCCAGAGCUAACGUACGUCCUGUGUUGGGCCCCAGUCCCUCCUGUACAAGCAAUGGCUUUUUUUUCACAGCAGUAUCCUCCACAUCCAUUGACAGCCCAGUACGCUAUCCGGGUUCUGCAGUCCUUCCCGCCAAAUUCUAUACUUUUCUACAUUCCUCAACUGGUUCAAGCAACUCGAUACGAUGCUCUGGGGUUUGUUUCCGAGUACAUUCUGUGGGCCUCACAACACUCGCAGUUAUUAGCUCACCAGAUUAUUUGGAACAUGAAAACAAACAUAUUCACGGACGAGGAAGCUACCCACAAAGACUCUCAGAUUGGUGAUCACCUGGAAUCGCUGAUCAACAGGAUCAUUGAAUCUAUAUCAGGACCUGCCAGAGAAUUCUAUGAGAGAGAAUUCGACUUCUUUGAUAAAGUCACUAACAUAUCAGCUAUCAUUAAACCAUACCCAAAAGGUCCUGAACGCAAACAAGCUUGCUUGAACGCCUUAAGUCAAAUCACAGCUGAAAAAGGUGUUUAUUUACCGAGCAAUCCCGAAGCAAUGGUAUUAGAAGUGGAUCAGAAGUCCGGUAGGCCUAUGCAGAGUGCAGCUAAAGCUCCAUUCUUGGCGAAGUUUCGUGUCAAGAAAUGUGGCAUUACAGAACUGGAAAAUAUUAACGUGAAAAAGGAAUUUCCAGAAGAAUCAGAAGAAAACAAGCGCAACAACCAGGACAGCAGUAUUUACUGGCAAGCGGCCAUCUUCAAAGUGGGUGAUGACGUCAGACAGGAUAUGCUGGCCCUGCAAGUGAUUUCUUUGUUCAAAAAUAUAUUUGAGGAAAUUGGAUUGAACGUUUACCUAAAGCCAUAUAGGGUCGUGGCUACUUCUCCUGGGUGUGGUGUCAUUGAGUGCGUACCAGACUCUGAGUCACGUGACCAGCUGGGUCGUCAGACGGACAUCGAUUUGUACCAGUACUACUUGAAGACCUAUGGUGAUGAAAGUACGACUCACUUCCAACAGGCACGUUCAAACUUUAUCAAGAGUAUGGCAGCCUAUUCCAUCGUCAGCUUUUUACUCCAAAUAAAGGACAGACACAAUGGUAACUUGAUGUUGAAUCGAGCUGGACACAUCAUUCACAUAGAUUUUGGAUUCAUGUUCGAAUCUUCCCCUGGUGGAAACCUUGGUUUUGAACCUGACAUGAAGAUUUCUCAUGAGAUGGUGAUGAUUAUGGGAGGCACAAUGGAGUCUCCUCCUUUCAGGUGGUUCAUGGAUUUAUGUGUGAAGUCGUACCUUGCUGUCAGGCCAUACCAAGAAGCAAUCGUAUCGCUAGUAGCACUCAUGCUCGACACAGGCCUGCCCUGUUUUAGAGGAGAGACACUUAAAAGAUUAAGGGCUCGAUUCAGUCCAGCUCAGAGUGAAAGAGAAGCUGCCAACUACAUGUUAAAAGUGAUCAGGGAUUCUUUCUUGAACUACAGGACCCGAGUGUACGACUUGAUUCAGCUCGCACAAAACCAGAUUCCUUGCUAGAUUGCUUAAUAAAUAAAUAAAUGACUUCAAAUUUUUAUUGACGCUGUAAUGGUUAAGAUUUUAGCGGACUUUGAAUCUCUGAAAACGCGAUAAUAUACAAACAACUAGAACUAGUGGCGGACUAUCACAAAACAUCACAUUCAUUUUUAAAGGUGUGUUUGUCUGUUAGUGAUAUAUUUCUAGUAAAGUAGAAAUAAAAAGAUAGCUGCUUAGAGCCCACUUUGUGAAGAUUUAGAGAAAGAACUUUGAAUUUUAUUUAUAUAUUCUAAUCGUGACUUUCCAACAAGUUUGUCUGUACUAGAACAGUUAUACUAUCAGUUCAUUCGGGCUGCAAAUCUAAGGGUUUAUAAUAGGCAGAUUAAGAUUCACGUUUUUCCUUACCGCAAACGGCAAACUUGACCACGUUUUCAUCGUUUCCCUACAUUUCACUUUACCUUUUGCAAACCUUCUCGACAAAGACAAGUAUUCUUUUGUUUAUCUACUACUUGGAGAUCAUUGCGAUUCCUUUUCACUAAUUGUAAAGAAUUUUUUAAUGGUCAUCUGACGUUUCACGUUUGCCGUAAACGAGAAGCUUAACCUCUAAUGUUACAGUUUCUUUGGAAUGGAAGCUUUUUCUAACUCGAGGCGAGCACCAAGAAAGAACAUUAUUCAUCUUCCUUGUUUAUAAUUACAGCUAUUUGUUAGGGCGUAUGCCGUUAUUGUAAAUACAUUAUAGGGUAAUUUAAUUCAAAAGUAAGAAAAAAUAAAGAAAUUAGGAAAGCAGUAGUACACUUA